AAACUCUAGAAUGCUCAAAUUUUGUGAUAUAAUAGUGUUAUAGUUGAUCUAUCUAACGCAGAAAAUUUGAUCAAAAAAUAUCAUCAGAGUCAAAAGUUAUGGAAGUUCAAAGUCGAAGUGACAGUGCGCGUGCUUCCAAUUUCUAUACAAUUAUGAACGGUACUGUAUUUGUUUUUUCGUGGUUAACGAUAUAUUGAUGAAACAACGAAGAUGUUUAAUAUUUUCCUAGUAAACGACGUGAGAAACGUCUCUAAAUUAAAAUUUGAAGACGAAGGUAUCUAAAAUGUAUGUUUCUAUCUGCCUGUACUUAAUUUAUUCGUUCUAUAACAAAAUCUUUUAUGUAAACUGCAGCACGAACACUGCACUGUCACAAAUUAAUAAUAUUUCUUUUUCUCAUUCUAAAUUUCAUCGAUACACUCAUAAAUUCUACCUAUUUAGCACACGAUUUCUGACAAUUUUCACACAAUUAUACUUUUUAAUUCAAGUAGAAAUGCAUAGAAUGAAUUCUGGUAAUGCGUUUGUGUAUUUUUUCGACAUUAAAAUUCAUAUGAGUAGGUAGUUAGCAAUAUUGCACAUUGAAUGAAUUGCACCGGAAUCAAGUACUUGAUAAAAGCUUUUUUUCAAUUUAAACGUCCCAUUUCUAGCGAUUACGUCUGCUCUGACCGAUUUAAUGCCUCGAUUGGGAGCACUAUUUGCAGCUAUAAGCAUGCAUCUAGCUAUGCUCCAUACAGUCCUGCGUCUACCUUUGCCCUUUUUCGACGUUACUCCAACUGGCCGAGUCCUGGCUCGUUUUUCGAAAGAUCUCGACGUUUUGGAUAACGUUUUGCCGCAAGCAAUAAGUGACGGUAUUUACAUACUGUUGGAGGUGGUAGCCACUUUGGUGGUCAUAAGCAUAUCCACGCCAAUUUUUGCCGCCGUCAUUCUACCCAUCGGCAUUCUGUACUGGGCUGUUCAGCGUUUCUAUGUCGCCACUUCGCGGCAGCUCAAACGACUGGAGUCGGUGUCACGGUCGCCAAUCUACUCACACUUCGGCGAGUCGAUCCAGGGUGCUCAAACCAUUCGGGCGUACAAUCUUCAAGAAAGAUUCAUCAUGGAAUCGGAGUCACGUGUUGAUUUCAACCAGGUGUGCUACUUCCCCAGCAUCAUUGCCAAUCGCUGGUUGGCCGUUCGAUUGGAGAUGGUUGGCAACCUGAUCAUUCUAUUCGCUGCCCUGUUUGCUGUCCUGGGUCGGGAAACAAUGAAUGCCGGCUUGGUCGGGUUAUCGGUUUCGUAUGCUCUGCAAAUUACCCAAACCCUGAAUUGGUUGGUCCGUAUGACCUCGGAUGUGGAAACGAACAUUGUGGCCGUGGAGCGUAUAAAGGAAUAUGGUGAAACCAAACAGGAAGCUGCCUGGGAAGUAGCCAACAGUACAUUGCCUCGAGAUUGGCCGGAGCACGGUCGUGUGGAGUUUCAAGAUUUCCAGGUCCGUUACCGAGAAGGGUUGGACCUUGUACUUAAAGGCAUUUCUUUCACCGUUGAUGGUGGUCAGAAAGUAGGAAUUGUUGGUCGUACCGGCGCAGGUAAGUCCAGCUUAACGUUGGCUCUGUUCCGAAUUAUCGAGUCGGCCGGUGGAAAGAUUGUCAUCGAUGGACAGGACAUUUCGCAACUUGGAUUGCACGCUCUGCGAUCGCGAUUAACCAUCAUUCCCCAGGAUCCGGUUCUAUUCUCCGGAACACUGCGUAUCAAUUUGGACCCGUUCAAUGUGCAUUCGGAUGACGAUAUCUGGAAGGCGCUUGAACAUGCUCACUUGAAGGUGUUUGUGAAAGGGCUGGCUGCCGGUAUCAAUCACGAAGUGACGGAGGGUGGUGAAAAUCUAUCGGUGGGACAGCGGCAACUGAUCUGUCUAGCCCGUGCCUUGCUGCGUAAGACUAAGGUUCUCAUUUUGGACGAAGCUACCGCGGCAGUGGAUUUGGAAACUGACGAUCUCAUUCAGAGAACCAUUCGUACGGAAUUCAAAGAUUGUACGGUACUCACGAUAGCACAUCGUCUGAAUACCAUUAUGGACUCGGACAAGGUCAUCGUUUUGGACAAAGGACAGAUCACGGAAUACGCCGCACCGAAUGAACUGCUACAAGACAAGCAAUCGGCCUUCUACAGUAUGGCCAAGGACGCGGGACUAGUGAGAACGCAUUAAAUGCCCCAUAAAUUGUUGUUCUUAUAUAGAAAAGACUGUUUUAUAUUUUAUUUUUGAAAUAUGAUUCAUUUUUUAAUAAACUGUAUGCACAA